CUUGGUAAGCUGUCACACUGCAUACAGUGGAGACUGUGCGGACUGGAUGUUAAAAUGUGCCUGAAUACCCGAUUUCUUAAAGUAUUUUUACCUGGAGACAGAUUCCAUCCACUGGCCCUGACCUCUGCAGAAAGCUGGGGGUUGUUCAGUUGGUAGGAACUAACGGAGGUAUAAAAAGAGAAGACCAGAGAAAAUGGACAGCAAUAUGGUUUUUCUUUCUCUUUCAGAGGAGACAGAGAUCAUCACCUUACCAGAGCUCAGGAUCGUGAUCAUUGGUGGGAGAUGGGGUGGAAAGAGUUGGUCUGGAAACACCAUCCUGAGAAAGGAAAGGUUUGAGUGUGGCCGAACCAGAACAAUUCAGUCUGAAGGGAGACAUGGAGUGGUGGAGGGCAGGAAGCUCACUGUGGUGGAUACUGCCGGAUGGAGCAGCUCUCUUUUCCUCACUGAGAUCCCAGAGGGGGACAAGCAAAGGUUCAAACUUAACCCGUCCAAGUGUCCGCCCGGACCGAAUGCUUUCCUCCUUGUUAUUCCAAUAGAUUCUGCUUUCUCUGUGGAGCAAAGGAAAAUAGUGGAGGAUCACAUGAAGCUCCUGGGGGAGCGGGUUUGGCGAUACACCAUGGUGCUGUUCACCUGCGGGGAUUUCCUCGGUGGGAAGACGGUAGAACAACACAUCGAGAGCGAGGGGGAGGCCCUGAAGUGGGUGAUAGGAAGGUGCAAGAACAGGUACCAUGUGUUUAAUAACAAGGAGAAAACCAACACAUCUCAGGUCUCCCUACUGCUGGAGAAGAUAGACGAGAUGGUGUGGCACAACAACGGCAAUUACUACGAGAUAGACGAACAGAUUUUUAAGAUCAUCAAAGAGAAGCAACGAGAGGUGGCUGAAAGGGCACAAAAGAGACGGACGAGAGCCGAGGAGCAACGACGGCACAUGAUAACACUCAUUCAAGAAGAGAAGAAAACCGCCCCGAAGCUCCGGAUGAUUCUCUUGGGAAGCCGCAGUGUUGGGAAAACCUCAGUGGGGAACACCAUCCUGGGAUUCAAAGAGCAAGAAGAUGCAAAAAGAACAGCGCAGUCGGCGGCCCGGCAGGGUUUUGUGGGUAAAACUGAAAUAACUCUCGUUGACACGCCAGGUUGGUGGAAAGGCUUCCCUGCGUUUGAAACUCCUGAAGCAAUCAAAGAGGAAGUGAUGCGCAGCAUGUUUCUGUGCCCCCCUGGGCCUCACGUCUUCCUGCUGGUGAUAGACGCAGACGCAUCCUUCAACGGUAAACUCUUAGAUGCAAUAACGACACACAUGGAGCUUCUUGGAGAAGGAGUUUGGAGACACACCGUCAUAGUCUUCACCAGAGGAGACUGGGUGGGAACACACGCCAUAGAAGAAUACAUUGAGGGCGAAGGGGAGUCCUUACAGAGGCUAGUUGAACAAUGUGGGAACAGAUACCAUGUCCUUAAUAACAAGGAUGCAAGUGAUGGUACACAAGUCACAGAGCUGCUGGAGAAAAUCACCGGCACUGUGGCUGGAAACGGUUGGGACCAUUUUGUUCCAGAUGAGCAGAUAUUUCUGACCAUCGAAGAGAGAAGAAGGCGAGUGGAAGAGGCAGCGACACUCAGGCAAAGUCAAAUCAAGGCCAGACGAACAUCCCUCAGAGAUUUCAGUAAUAAAUUGCAGGAGCUGAAGAUCAUGAUGCUCGGCCAGAAGACAUCCGGAAAGAGUGCAACAGGAAACACCCUCCUUCGUAAACAAGUGUUUGCCACCUGUCAGAAUGAACGGUGUCAGAUGGAGGAGGAGGAAGUAUUUGAUCGACUGGUCACAGUGAUCGACACUCCGGGCUGGUGGAAGGAAACCUCUCGCUGCACCGAAGACAUGGACAAAGAAAUUGUCCGAGGUCUGUCACUGAGUCCGUCUGGGGUUCAUGCUGUUCUCCUGGUGGUUCCUUUGGACCUGAGGUUCAGUCAAGCUCACCUGGGUGCCCUGGAGGAUCACAUGAACCUUUUUGAUGAAGGUAUCUGGAAGCACACCAUGGUUCUGUUCACAUAUGGAGACAACCUCGCAGAUAAAUCUGUAGAGGAGCAUAUCGAGAGGGAGCACAGCGCUCUCCGCUGGCUGGUGGACAAGUGUGAGAACAAGUAUCACGCCAUCAACAAUAUGAAGAAAGCUGAUAUGACUCAGGUUGCAGAGCUGUUUGAGAAGAUAGAAGAAAUGGUGGCAGGAAACAGUGGCCAGCUCUUCUGCCCUGACAUGAAGGAUGUCCACCUGAGGAUUGAUGAGAAGUUCAAGAAGAGGGAGCUGAAACAUGUGCUGAAGCAGUGGCUGGAGCAGGAGUACAGGAGGAGGGAGCUGGAGCUGAUGAUCGGCUUCAAGGAAAAACUCCUCGAGCUGCAGGCUGACAUCAGGGAAAGUGUGGCGAGCCAAAAACCCAGGACGCUGAUUGACAUGAACAAAAUCAAAACCAAGGGGAUUGGUCAGAAGAAAGAUGAAAAGGAGGAGAAAGUCGACGCAAAAAUCAACAGGGAAAUCGAGAAGCUGGAUAAAGACAUAAUGAGAUCCACCGAUCUUCUUCGGAACAGCAAGGACUUCAUACUUCCUGACUUCAAAGGAGAGAGUCCAGCACCUGGCAACUCUGACAAAGUAUUGGAUUGGAUAUCCUCAUUUAAGACUGGUACCAAUACGGAGAGCCAGCUGACCCUGAACUUCUCUGGGACAUCAGGAUACACAUCUAUGCACGACUUUAUCACGGACAUGGACAUGCCUGAAUGAAAAGUUUCAAUGGACUGAUUCGUUGAAAAUUAAAUGCAGUAAGUGCAACCAUGGAAUUUUUGAAAUCAAUGUUAAGAAAGCAUCAUACAGUAGAAAUAUGACUUAGUGGGCAGCAGGAAGAGGACGUAGGUUGUAGCUGAACUGUUGAGGUGUCCUGGAUCAAUUAGAUGAAUCUGAGUAAAGAGCUGCUUGCAUUUGACUUAUCAGCACUUCUGAGGUACCUUUGGCCAAGGAACUAAACCCUCAGCUGUUUCAGUGUGUUCCUGCAAAGGAGAAUUUGUGUGUAGCCAAACUGUUUUGUUAAACGUACAAGAUUUUUGUACAUUUAUUCACUGUGUCAAACAUUUGUUGAUUCAGUUUGGUGGCAGUUUUGUGGGACGUGGUAUAAUGUUAUAAGGUUUUAACCUUAAAUGCUUUAUUUAAACUGUAUACAUUUGUAUUUCUUUUUGCUGACUUUCAAUAAAAAUAAAAGUUUUUGGUUGGAAAAAGUCAGUGUAUAAUAUAAUAUUGUAUAAUUUAUACAUUAAGCGGGUACAUAUAUUGUCUAUAUAUCUGGUAUAUUAUUUGUUGUAAUUAUACAUUUUUAAUGACACAAGAUUGUAAAUCUGACUUGGAAACUAUUUCACUAUGAUUCAGUUUUAUUUAGUUUGCUAGAAAAAAAAUCCACAGCGAAGAGAAGACAAUCUGGAAACUGUCUCAUUGGAUUUGUAUUCACAUAGAAGCUGCAGAAUUUCCCCACUGAGAUGAAAAAAUUUAUCACUUAAUGUAAUUUUUUUCUAUUUUCAGAAGGAAAGAUUAAAUCUUUGCAAUUUAAUGCCAGACUGCACUUGAAGUUUUCCCACAGUGAAAAAAAUCACUACACCUGACUAAUUUAAUAAGAAAAUGAAGCACAGAGUCCGGCUCAGAGGUACAAAAAUAAUCGUGGCUCUUUAUGUUUGGACAUUUUGAGCUUGAUAAUUAAAUUUCCUGCAUGCCAUGUAACUUAUUAGACAGUUCCUGCUUGUUCUUCUUCUGCUAAAAUAUUUUUUUUUAAAAAUGGUUUUAUCACUAUGGUUUCUUAUUAGUACGAAAUUUUAUCAUUCAGUACUUUCAUUUUGCACAGAUGACAUUUAAAAUAUCAAUAAACAAAGAAACAUUUUGUGUUUGUGA